GAAUUCAAGAACUUCCCCUAAGUGUUUCAAGUUUAGUCACCCCAUAUCUUGAUAAAAGGGUCUGCCCCUAGUUCUAGCCCUUCCCAGCCAGAGCCUACUGAGAGGAGGUUGACUGCUUUCUGGGCAUCAGACUGGGGUUCUGUGCUUUGGUGGGGGUGGGCUGCACACAGCUGGCAGUUCAGAAGGCAAGCUAAGAUGGCAGGCUGGGGACCCAGCGCCAAACAGGAGCCUGAGAUUGAGCUCUUUGUCAAGGCUGGUUUUGAUGGGGAGAGCAUUGGAAAUUGUCCCUUUUGCCAGCGCCUCUUCAUGGUCCUCUGGUUGAAAGGAGUCAAGUUCAAUGUGACAACUGUUGACAUGACCAGGAAACCUAUAGAACUGAAAGAACUAGCCCCGGGAACCAGUCCUCCUUUCUUGUUGUUUAACAAGGAACUGAAGACAGACUUCAUUAAAAUCGAGGAGUUUCUAGAGCAGGUCCUGGCUCCUCCAAGGUAUCCACGUUUGAGUCCCAAGUAUAUGGAGUCCUUUGAUGUGGGGUCCGACAUCUUUGCCAAGUUUUCUGCAUACAUUAAGAAUACACAAAAGGAUACCAAUAAACAUCUGGAGAAAGCUUUGCUGAGGGAAUUUAAGCGUCUAGACAUCUAUCUGACAACCCCCCUUCCAGAGGAAAUUGAUCAGGACAGUACAGAAGAAGUAGUGGUCUCCAAAAGGAUGUUCCUGGAUGGAGAUCAGCUGACCCUGGCAGACUGCAACCUGCUCCCUAAACUGCACAUCAUCAAGGUGGUUGCCAAGAAAUACCGGGACUUUGACAUCCCUGCUGAAUUCUCAGGAGUCUGGCGCUAUCUGGAAAAUGCCUAUGCCCGAGAGGAGUUCAGCCACACAUGCCCUGCAGAUAAGGAGAUUGAAAGCACUUAUGCAUCUGUGGCUAAAAAAAUGAGUUAAAAAAUAAGGGUGCAUGUUCCAAAGUGACCAAUGCCCAUGCAAGCUACCUUUUGCAUCACAUCCCUACUUCUGCUAGAAAUGCUAGCAAAACACGUAGUUUGAAAGAGAACUCUGAGCUUUCUAUCUACCCAGCAAUACCUAUAGUGCAUUUGCAUAUUCUAUCUGGCCUUCAGGCUUUCACAAGCUUCAAGCUUCCAGCAUCCUGAUGGCAAACCCAUUUGAUUCUUGAAUCCCUAAAAUGCCUUAUGUAAAUCUCA